AAGUAGUAGGUGCCAUAAUGCUGAAUAUUAUCACACAUCCUCUCUGAAAUCUCUCCUUUAACUUGCAAAAGUAUGUCUGUGUUUCUUCAGGCUUCAUCAGGUUCUCCACCACAUAAGGCUGCGCUGCCUGAUAUUGUUCGAAGAUCCUCAAAUUAUCAUCCCUGCGUCUGGGGAGACCAUUUUCUUGCCUAUAACACCCCUGGUCAUGCGACACCUGAUGGUGACACAGUGCAAAAAAUGGAAGUGCUUAAGAAAGAAGUGAGGAAGAUGCUAAUGGAAGCUGCUCAUUUCCCUCGAGAACAGCUAAAGUUGAUUAAUGAUAUUCAACGACUUGGCGUGGCUUAUCAUUUUCAGGCAGAGAUUGAUGCAGCAUUAGGACGAAUGAAGGAUUCGUAUCAUGAGCUUUGUGGAACUGAAAGCAAGAUUGACCUCCAAUUUGUAGCCCUUUGUUUUCGAUUGCUUAGACAACAUGGUUAUAAUGUCUCUUCUGACGUGUUCAAAAAAUUCAAAGACGAGAGCACUGGGAUGUUCAUGGAGUGUUUGAGCAAAGAUGCAGAAGGACUGCUAAGCUUUUACGAAGCUACCCAUCUCAGGGUUCAUGGAGAAGAUAUACUUGAAGAAGCAUUAGCAUUCACAACCUCUCACCUUGAGAGUCUCACAACUCAGUUGAAAAAUCCCCUUGCAGCGCUUGUCAUCCGUGCACUUAAACUACCACUCUGGAAGACUGUAAAUAGGGUUGAAGCCAGGCACUACAUUCCUCUUUAUGAAGAGGAUGAUUCUCAUUCUGAGACCCUGCUAUAUUUUGCUAAAUUAGACUUUAAUCUUGUGCAAAAACUUCAUCAAAGUGAGGCGGGCGAGUUUUCCAGAUGGUGGAUGAAUCUGAACCUUAAAGAGAAACUGCCAUUUGCCAGAGAUAAAUCCAUGGAAGGCUUCUUCUGGGCUGUAGGGAUGUCCUUUGAGCCCCAAUACAAACUUGCACGAAGAAUACUUGCAACAAUAAUCUCAUGGAUUGUAGUUGUUGAUGACAUAUACGAUGUGUAUGGUACUGUUGAAGAACUCACACUUUUUACGGAUGCAAUCCAAAGGUGGGAUGUCAGUGCUUCGGAUCAGCUACCAGAGUACAUGAAGUAUAUAUAUCGUGUCAUCUUAGACUUUUAUGCUGAAGUGGAAGAAAAAUUCAGCAUUGCAGGAAUACCAGUAGGGCAUGCUCAGUUUGCAAUAGACGCGUUGAAAGAAAUAACCAGGUCAUACAUUUAUGAAGCCAAGUGCCUUAACAAAUGGUUAGUACCCACAAUGGAAGACUGUAUGCCACAUUCAAUUGUAACCUCAACUGUACCACUACUCACCACCAGUUUUGUGGUGGGGAUGGGGCCUAUUGUGACGAGGGAAGCCCUUGAAUGGAUAUCUACUUGUCCACUUCUUAUCCGAGCAGGAAGCUUGUAUUGCAGAUUCACUGACGAUAUGGCUGAAUACGAGGAGGGGAAGGCCGAAGACGCAGCUUUCCUAGUUGAUGUUUACAUGAAACAACAUGGUGUGUCAAAGGAAUGUACAUUUUCCGAGUUCAAGAAACAAAAUGUUCUAGCAUGGAAGGAUUUAAACUCGGAGUGCUUUGGCCAAACAGUACUCCCUCCUCCGCUGCUCACAGCUGCUCUUAGUAUGUCACUCACAGCUGCUCUUAGUAUGUCACGCCUGGUAUGCAUUCUUUACGAAUUCCAGGAUAUGGAUGGCUUUACUUGCUCAAACACCAAAACUAAGGAACUUAUACGCUCCGUGCUAGUGGAUCCCAUCUCAAUAUGAAUUAUAAGCCUCUGAUUCUCUUAGAGUUGCUGUGAUCUGCAACUUGAGAGGCUGUUAUUAAUGAGUCCUGGAAGAAUAAUUGCUGCAGCCUAGCUAGCUAGUGAACUGUAUGCAAGGGGUUGUACCCUGAAUCCUGUGUAACCUACUGUUAAAAUGUUUGAAAUAAAACGAAUAAACCAGACUCGUUUCUUUUUCUUGAAA